UUCGUCGACCCUUCUCCCUUGUUUCCUUCAUCGUCAUUCCUUAGAGGCUCAAACCCUACCCCCCUUCACACCUUCAUUCCCUAUCUCUCUCUCUCAUUAGAAAAAUGGCAGAAGCUGCUCUUAGCAUGAGUUUGGACGAUCUAAUUAAGAAAAAUAAGAGGUCCGGAGGAGGUAAUUCUCGCGGCAGAGGUCGUGGAUCGGCACCCGGACCAGCUCGACGUAUCCCCAACCGCUCUGCUAACCGAUCUGCCCCUUACGCAACUGCCAAGGCACCGGACUCAGCUUGGAAUCACGAUAUGUUCGCGACGGAUCAGCCUAUGGCGUUUGACGGGCACAUCGUUGGUGGUGGUCGAGCCUCUUCGAUAGAGACCGGCACUAAGCUUUAUGUUUCAAAUCUAGAAUAUGGUGUCUCUAACGAAGAUAUUAAGGAACUCUUUUCAGAAGUUGGUGACCUGAAACGCUAUGGAAUUCAUUAUGAUAGGAGUGGGAGAUCAAAGGGAACAGCAGAAGUUGUUUACUCGCGCCGACAAGAUGCGUUAGCAGCUGUUAAAAGAUAUAACAAUGUUCAGCUUGAUGGAAAGCCAAUGAAGAUAGAGAUUGUUGGCACAAACAUUGUCACUGCUCCUACUCCAUCUACCGUUGGUUCUGUUGGAAAUUUUAACGGAAUUCCCCGUAGUGGACAAGGAAGAGGUGGAGGUUUUGGAAGGUUGCGUGGAGGUAGGGGUCGAGGGCGUGGAUUUCAAGCAGGUCGAGGGCGAGGAAGAGACCGUGGAGAAAAGGUGUCUGCGGAAGAUCUUGAUGCUGAUUUAGAGAAGUACCAUGCUGAAGCAAUGGAGACGAAUUGACAGGAGAUUCCAUAUCAUUGUUUCUCCAGACACUGUGACUAUACUCUGAACCUAUGCGUGAUGGUUUCAUGGGUCUUUUGUAUUUUUAGCAAUGUUUGGCUCUUUUAUGAUUACAAGGAAGUACUAAUAGGGAGACUUGAACCUCUGAUGUUUGGGGCUUGAGAUUUGUGACAUAUUGUUGCUCUUCAAUUUGGUAUUGGGUUGGAUGGAUUUAUGCAAUCUAAUGAGUUCCUUAGUUUUUUAAUUCCUAAUUGAUUAUGAGAAGUUGACAGUCGGCUGGAGUUGCUUGUAAGGCAGAGGAUCAGAUUUUUCGAAUGAAGGCAGUUGGAGCCCUGAUACUUGCUGUGCUGAUGUGCUUUCUAGUGCUUAUUGCUUCAUUAACCGUGGCAUCAACUUUGAGGUUGAUAUAUGGCCAUAGACUUCAAUGUUGGAUUUCUGUGAGGUGGUGACACAUAGGAAAGAUGUUGCAAUUAGUUGAUGACUCAUGACUGAGAUGAAUUUCCAUAAGUGUAAUUGUACAAGUUAAAGCUGUAUUUUUUCACCCUCAGAAAUAGUUGUUUCUUACUUUGCAAAGUUCUUUUCCUGGUUUCCGGAUUGGGUUCAUGAUGCUGAUGAAAGUGCCGGGUGUGCAGUUUUCAAUGCCAACUUGUGGAGUUUUGGCUUGAUGCUAUUCAAUUGGUUGGUUUUCUUCAUCCUAAGGGUUGUGUUUUUGAUACAAUAAUUAUCCUAGGUAAAUUGCUGAGUUUUCUGUGCACAAGGGUUUUCAUUUCUAAUUAGUCAAGGUUGUGUUUGUUAAGUUUACCUUUGAAUGAAAAUGCAGUACAUGGACUAUGCA